AAGAUGGAAAAUACAGUUCACCACAAACCUAGAGAAAAAGAUGAACUCGGUUGCAUAAGAAUGUCUAAGAUCCACUGUUCAAAGAAUUAUGCAGCCAAUUAGAUAAGAAACUGGCCUAUUGUCGGAUCCUCGUCGUGCUCAUCACAAACAUUCCUCCCGUAAUAUAUUUCAGAUUCACAUAGACAUGGAUCAGCUCCAGCGAGCCAUGACUUGGAUCAUGCAAAAUUUUCACUUUUCCAUAUCGUAUUGUCACAGCACGAGCUAUUUCAUAAUACACUCAAUUACGUUAAUAAACUCGAACCUACCAUCAUAAUGCUGGGCACCACUAAGUCCUAUGCAUUACCUCUCGGGAACUCAAACCAAGUCGAGACCAUGUUCGAGAAAGACGCUCCUUUCCUAUUCCGGCAACUUACUAAUAAUAGUAGGUUAAGGUUUCCAAUAAUUACCAUGUGCUUGGUUUGGUUAGCUACCACUUUCUUCCUUGGCGCCUAAAUGGGUAACCGCACAAAUCAGCUGAAGCUUCAGCUUUGAUGGGCUCUCUUCCAUCUCCAAAGGCCCUUAAACGCCUCCUCAUCGCCUGCAAACACAGAACCUCCGUUGCCCAAAUCCACGCCCUCAUCAUCCUCAAUGGUCUCUUCACUCCCAGCAGCAGCAGUAGCUUCGGUGGCUGCCUCGUUGCAUCCUAUGUCCGGGUCGGGGAUAUUGCCUUGGCCCACCGAGUGUUCGAUGAAAUGCCUUGCAGAGGUGUGGAUUCAUGGAACGCCCUGAUCGCUGCACAUUCCAGGAGAGCUUACCCAGAGCAAGUGUUGGGUCUCUAUCGUCGGAUGGUGUCGGAAGGAGUCAGGCCCGACAGCUCGACCUUCGCGGUUGCAAUCAAGGCCUGCACUGCCCUGAAUGAUUUGGAAACAGGAGAGGAAGUUCGAAGGAGAGCGGUAGAAUGUGGGUACGAGACUGAUGUCUUUGUUGGGUCCUCGGUUCUGAACAUGUAUGUGAAGAUGGGGAUGAUGGAUCGGGCUUCAGUGCUCUUCGAGAAGAUGCCGAGACGGGACGUGGUUUGUUGGACGACCAUGGUCACGGGGUUUGCGCAAAGCGGGAAGUCCAAGGAAGCACUCAUGAUGUACCAGAGAAUGCGAAGGGAAGGGAUCGAAGGAGAUGGUGUUGUUAUGGUGGGUCUGAUCCGGGCCUGCUCGGGCCUCAGGGUACUGAAGCCAGGCCUCUCGGUCCAUGGUCAUCUCAUCCGCAGAGUGGUCCCUGCGAGCACUGUACUUCAGAUUCAGACAGGACUCAUUGAUAUGUACGCCAAGCAUGGUCGAUUGGAUCUCGCUUCUUACGUGUUUAGGAACACGCCUAACAGAAAUAACCCCAUCUCUUGGGCUGCCCUCAUCUCGGGCUUUGCCCAGAAUGGCUUCACCCGAAAUGCCCUUGAAUCUUUCAUAGAAAUGCAGAGUGCUGGACUCGCGCCCAACUCAGCUUCCCUCGUGAGCGCUCUCUCAGCAUGCUCCCAAGACGGACUGCUGAGACUGGGCAGAUCGGUGCACGGGUACAUUUUGAGGAGAGUUGACUUUGACCAAAUUGUGGGGACAGCACUGAUCGAUUUCUACUCAAAGUGCGGAGCCCUCGUCUCUGCCCGUGCUCUCUUUGAUCGGAUGAUCUUCAGGGACCCCGUCUCAUGGAAUGCUAUGAUCUCCAGCUAUGGGACCCAUGGGCUUGGGAAGGAGGCCUUAUCAGUCUUCCUUCAAAUGAUUGAAACCAAUCAAAAACCUGAUCACAUAACCUUCUCUUCGCUCCUCUCAGCCCUGAGCCACUCAGGCCUAGUGGAGGAAGGUCGAUGCUGGUUUGAUCUCAUGACAGCUAAAUACAAAAUUAAACCAGCCGAGAAGCAUUGUGCCUGUAUAGUCGAUCUCCUGGCUCGUGCAGGCAAAGUCAAAGAAGCUCUGCACAUGAUAAACUCAAUGGAUACAGAACCAGGACUUGCUGUCUGGGUUGCUCUCUUGUCAGGUUGCUAUAAUCACGGGGAGUUCUUGAUUGGGGAGGUGGCGGUGAAUAACAUCCUCAAGCUCAACCCUGAUGACUCAGGAAUCUACUCUUUAGUUUCAAACUUCUUUGCCAAGGAGAAGAAGUGGUUCGAAGUGUCCCGGGUGAGGAAGAUGAUGAAAGAGUCACUGGUGAAGAAAGUCCCGGGGAAUAGUGUAGUGGAUGUGAAUGGAAGGUUUCAGGCAUUUAUCAAGGAAGAUAACAGCCAUGAUCAGCAUGGAGUUAUUGAGCAAGUCUUGGAUCUAUUGGGUCGAGAGAUAAGAGAAGUGGCGGAGGAUUCAAUUCCCGAGCUUUCCACUGAGUAAUCUUUCAACCAGAAAGGAAAAUCUGAAUGCAGCAGCCAUGAAAUGUCCACAAUCCCCUGCGUAUUUGGAAAUGCAUCGGGAGGAUCUAGAUCUUUUAAUCAACAUGGGAAAGCCAAGAAUUCAGGUCGACUGAAGGAGCUAGAUUCUGAAUCAAAAGGACGGGUGGUUGCAGUUUUCGGAUAGCAACUUACCCCAGGCUUCAAGGGGACUGACAAAUCUUGGGGAAAAUUGAGAUGCGUGGAAACAAGACGAUGAUAGGGCGGAAAUGGCAUUCCUUUCAGUUGAACACGCGGAAAAGCCAUAAACACGGGAACAGAACAUAAUUCUGUGCUGGGAUUAGAGGAACCUUUUUAUUGGCGAAAAAAGGGCGAUCAUCGUUGUUCUGGGAAGCGAAUUCAUGGCCAGAAGUCGUCA